AUGUCAAAAAUUCACAAGUAUUUCGAUCGAAAAUAUUCCGAAUGGGACAUUGUAGCUUUUUUAAAGGAAUGCGAAAAGGAACCGUUCGAGAGUAAGGCAGAUGAGUACGUCAAAAGUCUCGAGGCAAUUAUUAAGCGUAAGAGAGGCUUCGAACAAGGAAAAGCGAGAAUACUUCUUAAUAAAUACAGGGAGGCGAGUAUGGUUGUUUUAUUAGAAAUAUAUGUGAAUGGCACGGUUGACCUCUUAGGUUGCCCGAUGUUCAAGAAGCCUCGACCAGAUCGCCAACGGGCAAAAAAAUGGGAUACCGAUCGCACACAUAGGCAGUUACACCUUCACCAAUCAACACUUUUAGAUGGUAUUGUUCAUGGGAACAUAAAUAACGGUGGAAGCGGAACUUUUAUUCUUAAUAAUCGAGUGCCAGCAGAAGACGAUGAAAAUUUCCGAUAUCCUUAUUCCAACGUAUCUUACUCCCCUCAACAUGACCCAGAAACUGAAGAUUCGGAAACACGUGAUUUGGAUAUACCAGAUCAUGAGGAUGUGGUUGAUGAUCAAGAGGUGAAAGAGGCGACCAACAACAAAGUGGAAAUGGUGAAGGAAAACAAAGUAAAUUUUCGUUGA